AUGGACUCGCUCGUCAAUCUUGCCCCCCGCGGCACUCCCAAAAUCGUCCUGCUCGGUCCAGCCCCCGACGUUUCCACCACUCCAGCUCUCACGGCCAACCUCAUCUGCCGCGUCCUCUUCGCCCUCAUCGGCAACCUCAUCUGCAUCGUGCCACUCCGCCUGCUCUACCGCAACGGAGAGCUGGCCGCCGCCUUAUUCAUCCUCGUGGUGCAGCUGCAAAACUUUGAAAGCGCCGUCAACGCCCUCAUCUGGCACAACGACGACGUGGACUCCUGGUGGCCAGGCUACGGCUUCUGCGACGUCGACUCGCACGUCCGCAACUUCACCAUUGGGCUCUUCAACAGCUGUCUGCUGGCCAUUAUGCGGAACCUGGCCCUGCAGAUUGGAAACAUGAGAGCCAGCCCGCUUACCAAGAAGGAGAAGACGCGGCGGAACAUUGUCCAGGCGCUCAUCAUCUUUCCGCUGCCGCUUCUGCAGGCCGUGUGGACAUAUCCUCUCGCCCAGCAGCGAUAUUAUAUCGGCACAUUGACUGGAUGCUCCUGGGCGAACUCCCGUUCGUGGCCGUACGCCGUCUUUGACAUCUUUCUGCCGACGAUGAUGCCAUUUCUAACUGCCGGCUAUGCUAUCUCCAAAGCCACCGCGUCUGCUCUCUCCAACAACCCCCUCGCCCACGCCCGCAGCCAACGAGCCCGCCGCCGCCUCUACCUCAUGGUGGUCGCCAUCCUCGUGCCUUACGUCCCCAUUGCGGUGGCCAUCGCCAUUGUCAACUUCCGAGUUGCCGGAGCUCUCAAGCCCUUCAACUUCGACGCCAUCCAUAACCAUGCGCCGGGCGAGAUACCCUGGAAUGCCAUCGUAUACAUUACAAGCAACGAAAUCCAUUGGUCAUACAUGAACAUGUGCUACCUGUCCAUCGCAACGACUAUCCCGAUAUUCGUCUUCUUUGGCAUGACCAAGGACGCCAUGAACAGCUACCGCGUGGUUCUGCUAUUUUUUGGGCUUGGAAAAGUGUUCCCCCAAUUACAUGAAGAGUAUGACCCAGAUGCUCGGAUACUGGCCUCCAUGUCCAACGGUAGCCACUCAACGUCUACAAGUUCAUCCAAAAAGAAUGCAGCUCACUCAGACUUAAGUGUCAUGACGAGCAUACCCUCCAACCACAAUACGUCAACGGUCCAGCAGCCGGCCCCAGCAGCAACAUCAGCAUCUCUACCAAUCCACAACCAAGACGUCCAUAUUCAGCCUAUUCGUCGCAACCCAUUCCUCUUUCGCACCCGUCUCGAUUUCUCUCUUCCCUUUAAGCUAUCUCUGUUCAGGCGCUCCGAAGACAACAGCUCUUCUGCGCCGCUAGAGCUACUCAGUCAUCAACCUACCAACAGGUCUGUCUGGUCUGAUGAAGAAUCUCUCCCCAUUCCUUGCGCAGCAACAGCAAACACUCAAGGUGAUAAAGGCAAAGACCAUCCUGUUAUCGCGCCAGCACCUCCAGUACUGCUCCCGUCCUCCACCUCAAAUCCGGUCAAUGGCUAUGGAGAGCUUUAG